AUGUCUGAAGGAGGAUGCUUCUGCGGUGCUCACUUUGUCAUUGCGCCGAUUGCAAGAAGGCAUACCAUCACCACCUCGAUGCAUACCCUUUUACCCACUAACAUCCCUCAGAUCACCGGCUCAACCUACAGCACCAACAUCGUCGUGCCAGGCGACGGCUUCUCCGUCACGCAAGGCACUCCCAAGACCUACGCCAAGAAAGCCGACAGCGGCAGCGAGAUUACGUCCUACUUCUGCGGCGAUUGCGGUACGACUCUGUUCCGCUCGACGCCGAGCUUCGGCGAUGCGAAGAUCAUCAAGGUCGGCGUGAUGGACAAUGCGGAGAAGGCGUUUGCGGAUGCGAAGCCUGCGGUGGAGUUGUUUGCUAAGGAUCGGGUUAGUUGGGUUGGCGCUGCUGAGGGAGCUGAGCAGAAGCAGGCUAUGUCUUAG